AUGAACAAUUCGAAGAAGAUCAACGUCAGUUACUCUUCUCUUGUGGGUUUGAAAGCCGAGCUAUUGAGAAAACAUGCAGAAGUCCAGGAAGCAAAAGCCAAAAAUAAAAUACAAUCCCCCAUGAUUGUGAAAUCCACGUUGAAAGCCAAAACAUCGAAAAAUGUCAAAAAGUCUUCGAAACCCAAAGAACCAAAAGUCACGGAAAUCGAGGAUAUCAACGACCUGAAGAAAUCCAGGUACAUGUUGGAAGCAAAAUCCAGGCUAUACGAUAAAUUAAGGAAAAAUCAUGGAGAUGAAUGUGACAAUUAUCUAGUAGACUUUUCCAAUAAGCCUGCCUCAUCCGCAUCCUCUUCAGACGAUGAAAUUUACAAAGAAGAAGAUUACGAGGAUAGGAAUUCAGAUCCGGAAGAUGAUUGGGUAGAAUACAGUGACUGUUUCGGUAGAACCAGGAAGUGUUUACGGAGAGAUCUUCCAAAAAUGCAGGAGAAAGAUGAAAUGAUAAAACAAGAGAUCAGCAAGGAGCCUCCUCAAGAUACUGAGGCACCUCCAAACCCUCCACCGUUUAUUGUUCCCCAGAAAGAGCCGGAGAUAGAAAAGUUGCGUAAAAAAUGGGAGGAACAGAGUGAGAAAUUAUCCCAUAAGCCAGACAUUCAUUAUCAGGACAUUCUGUUCGAUGAAGCCAGAGCCCAUGGCGUUGGAUACUACGCAUUUUCCCAAAAUGAAGAUGAAAGAUUGAAACAACAGGAGAAUCUUUCAAAAUUACGGAAGGAAACGGAGCUGCGACAGAAAGAAGCGCAAAACCUGAAAGAUCUGAAAGCUCAAAUGGAGAAAAAUCGAUUGAAAUCUGCGAGGAUUCGUCAGAGGAUCCGAGCAGGUCUUCCCGCUGAACCAGAGGAAGAAGAAGAAGCACUACAGUCCACACUACAACCUUCAGCAAUGCCUGAACCAACGGAAACCCCAGAAAAACCUUCUACAAUUGACGAAACAAAUGAAGAACAUUCUCUUUGUGUCAUUGAGGAUAAAAUCAAAGCUUUUGGAGAACUCUUGGGUAAACGUCCCAAGUUCAGAGAGUUGUCUCAGGAAGAGUGGAUUCAUAAAAGACGAAAAGAUAGAAUGGGAGAGUUUGCUCCAGUUUACGACAAUUUCAAACCUGGUGGAUUUCUGAAUGGAACUAGAGAUAAUCAAAUUGUCGUAGCAGAUCAUGAUGAGGAUCCCGUACGAAUUAAGAGCGGAGGGCCUGAACCUACUGAUAUGUGGGAGUCUCAGGGACCUUUGGAAAGUUCUCAGGAUAUUGCCAACUCCGAAGAGAAGAGCAAUUCUGAAGACCCUGAGAUGCUGGGGCCUGUACCACCACUAAAUUUUAUCACUGGCGAGAGUUCCUCAUUAAUCAACAGUCGCAUUCCCCCAUUCACCUGCGGAAAUCCGAUUUCCAAUUCAUCAAAUAAUGACCCACCGCUGCCCAUUAUUCCCCCCCUUGAAGUCUUGAGGGUUCCUCCUCCAACAUUUCAAUAUACCUUUAAUAGUUGCAAUGUAGGAGCAAGUUCUGCUCCAUGGAAUAGUGGGAGUACUGUCGAAGACGCAGAAGAAAGUGAUGACUCUGAAAUUAUUGGGCCUCUACCACCGAGCGAUCUCAAAGAUGGGAUGGACCUCGCAACCAUUCCACUUCCCGACGAAAUACCAUCACCAUCACCAUCACUACCAACCCUACCAACUAAUCUGAACGUUGAUAAGAUCUCUGAAGGACUUAAAUUUCUGAGAAAAAAAUUUGAUGACGAUGAAAAGAGAUGA